AUGUAAAUUUGUAAAAGUGACUCUAACGUCAGUGCCUCAGCAGUCAUAAAGCCCACCACGUGUGAUUAGGGUGAAAAACGGGUUUCCGCACGGCUCCUCGGUGUCAACUUCCCACAGCUGAGGUGGAGGAGGGAGAGGGGGAUGAGGGGGCAAGCUCGGGUGGGAGGUCUUCAGCGGAGCACGUAACCCGCUUACAAAUGAACAUCGUGCCGGGGCCAAACUCACGCGCUGUGCACAUCACUCUCUUUUUUUCACCCCCUUCGCGUUUCUUUUUUUUUUCAUUGUGGGAGGCGUUGCGCAUCGCCGCCGAGGCUCCGCUCCCCUUUCUUCUAUUCCUUCCUUUCAUUCUGCUCCACUUCGGACACAUCUCGCUCGGCGGCUCCGCUCGGCUUCACUGGCCCACUUGGCGAAGCGACACUGCAGCGUGGUGAUCGGAUCAGUCUCCUCCCGGAUUCCCCGCAGAACCAUCUGCCAUGCCGGAUCUGCAACGGGGGAGCUGCUCCUCUCGCUCUUUCUCUUCCUCUUCUUCUUCUUCUUCUUGUGAUAAACUCCACUCGUUUGUGGCACAAUCUCACCGCCAGGCUCGACAUACAGCCCGGACCGUGAGCCUCCAUCAACGGGUUUAUCGGCAACAAUAAACAAAAAGACACUUUUUUUUGGUCACGGACGGCGCGCCUCUGCUCUCCGGACGAGCCGCCGCCGCCGCGGACUGCUAUAAAUCAAGCCCCGGAGCAUCGGAGUGAGCAACGGGGUGCAAAGGCGAAUGAUUCGGGCAUGGUGCCCACGCCCCAGGUGUGCGUCUCCACCCUGGUCACGGUGAGCACAAUGGCGGUGGUGGACCUCUACCUGCUGGAGCAAAGCAUGCUGGGAGCUCGCGGGCUGCCAGGGCCCAGCGUGUGGCAAUGCGUGGCCGUGUUGCUGGGCGACGCGGGCUUCCUGCUGGCGCUGCGCUUCGUGUCGGCAGGGGUAGUGUCGGAGGCGCGGUCGCCCCGCCGCGGCUUCGCCAACGCUCUCUGGUUCCUGUUCCUGUCGCUGCUCCAGCUCAAGCUCUUUUUCGUCUGCCACAACUACAGGCAGGAGCGCCGGCCGCCUGACCCGCUGGCCAGGAAGGUCCUGACGCUCCUGCUGUCCAUUUGCCUGCCGUCACUCUUCCUGAUCCUCACGGGCGCCGACUACAUGACGCCUCAGCGCAGGAAGCAGGAAGUGCGGGGUCGCCUGCUGUGGGUGGUGGUGGACCUGCUGGAUGUUUUGGAUCUGCAGGCCGGGUUGUGGGAGGCCCAAGGAGGGGCGGCGGGACCAGAGCAAGGGCUGCCCAUCUGGGCCGAGGGCUUGGUUUUCUUUUACUGCUACACUCUCCUGCUUUUGCUACCGUGCGUGGCCCUCACGGAACUGGGGGCCACGGGCCUUCCGGGACAGAGGGGCCCCCGCAAGGAGGCUUUGUACCCUUGGCUCAGCCUGGUCACCAUCAACAUCUUCACCCUGGGCCUGAGGGGCGCAGGUAUGUUGUGGUACAGGGACCCCCGGGUCUCUACGGUGUUCCUGGGCAAGAACCUGCUGGCGUUGGUGGUGAAGCUGAGCUCGGCCUGGGAGAGGCACAACCAGGAGCGCGGUCCAGGGGGCGGCGGGGCACCGCCUGGAGGUCAAGCCGAAGAAUCGACCCUGCAGAGUCAGGACUCUGAGCAGGGAGAUGGCCAGCCUCAAGGGAAAACUUCCUCGGCUCACAUUCACACACUGUCUCGCUCGCAAAGCCACACGCUUUCCCAUGUGAGCCCGGGACAUGAAGGGUCACCCUUGGCCCCCUCUUUCAUCUCCCCUGAACUCUAAAUGCCCUCCCAUGUGCGCACAAAUGUAAAAAUGUGCAUAUGCACAGCCACGGCCAAAACCCUGACAAGCCAAACAGAUAGACACAAUGGAUGCGGUGCUCUGAAGCUUGGAUUGAUGCACACUUGGAUCACUGUGUUUGUUUGGUUCUCGGGAUCAACAAUGAAUCUACUUCAUUUUGACAAGAUUGUUCCAAGAAUGUAUGUUGACAUCAUCUCGUGCUCAUGUCUCUGUAAAUCGUCGCCCCGAAACCUUGUAUGUCCAAUUAUGACCCCCCUCUCCCACACACACACACAAAUAGAUACCAUAGGUCUGUCCCUCACGCUGCGACAAGACUUGGAAGUCUCAAUCAUAGGUGUCAAACUCAAGUCCUGGGGGCCAGAUUUGGCCCACCACAUCAUUUUCUGUGGGCCGCAAAAGCAAACCAUGAGUGCGAACUUCCAUACAUCUUGCUAAAAUCUGAACCAAAAUUUCAAAUUCUAAUGUGUAAUAAAAAAAAUAUAAAGUUGAGACUUUAAAAGAUUUUUUAACUACCUUUUUUUGUAACGAACAGUAAUGAAAUAUUAUCCUUGACUUAUGAUUUCAAAACUAGUAAUGCAUCAAUUUGUUUAUGUUUGUGUAUAUAUGUGAUGACACGAUGAGAUGAUUAAAAUUUAUUUGGUUUCGCCGUCACAACAGCCCUCCGAGAGAAGCCGUAAAUACAAAACGGUCCACGACAAAAAAGAAGUUUGACACCCCCGGUCGAGAUGUUUUUUUGAUAAGACAGUUAUGAGUGAAACGAGCUUGGUUCGAUAUAUUUGACUGAGGCCAUUUUGCUAAAAAUGGGUCGCGACUGGAUGGAUUUUCUAGCAUAUUAAAUCAAUUGAACAAUGUGGUCAUUGGGGGAACUCAAACAAGAUGGCUUUUUAAAAUUCUCUGAAAAGUAGUUAUUGUGGAAAUACACGGGUUCGGCCUGACAGUGACGAUAGUUAGCCUCAUCGGAUAAUUGCCUAAAUCCACCCCUCUAGCCCCAACGUUUUCAGAAUACAAUCAAAAGAAAACUUAGUGACAAAGAGUUGAAUUGCUUUAAUUCAAACUAUCGAUUAGGAUGAACUAAUGGUGGAGAAUCCACACACAAAAAAAAUUGGAACAAGCAAAUUGGAACUUUUUAUUGAUGCGCCGAUAGCAAUUUUAAAACGACUCAGGCAAUUAUGUCACUAGGAUUUGAUUUUCUCUGCAUCCCAGUUUUCAAACUUUGAAUGCGUUUUAGACUGUUGUGCAUUCACAGUCCGAAGAAAGUAAUUGUGUAGGGAAAGGAUAAAACCGCUUCAAUUAACUUAUUUGUCCAACUCAAAAUCACAUUCAAUCUUUGCGGGGAAUAGCCUGUAACCGUGUUUUGCUAUAUCACUUUGUAUUGUUCAGAUUAACAAAGUAAAUGAAGCUCUUUGGCAAACGGCAGAAUGCUCUCAUUUUGUUUCUACCUGUGAGUGGUUUGGAGCAUCAGCGUGCUUGAUUGAUCGGCUAACAAUCACACUGCAGAAAUUACUAUCAUUUAAGACGUGACUUCUCAUGCUAUCCACGCACAACGACUCUUUAGAAACUCCCCCUCCCUUUUUUUUCUUUUCUAACUCACGCAAAAUGAGCUUGUUUGCGAUAUUUGUAAGAUAGUUUUAUUGCAAGUCAGUUCAGGUCAUCGGGAAGUGCUUGUUGACAAUAAGGUCGCUCAGAAUUUAUCAGUGAGAUUUCAAAGCGAAAGCGAGAUCCAGUCAAACCUCUUUUUCAACAUACACCGUUUAAAACGUUUUCACCCCUAUAAAUGUUCUCAUUUCAAAGUCCCAAUUUCACAUCAUUCAUAUUCCAUUUGACGAUUUUGCUCACAACGAACAUUUUUAGAACGUCGACUUCAGCAUAAUGACCAGAUUUGUCCCACAAAAUAGUGAAAAGACCAACGUUUACAAUGAAUGGUGGGAAGCCAUCAACCGCCACGACCUUGCUUAUGACCAAAAUGUAAAGCGCUGCACUCCACUCUAUUGCAAAGCAACGCUACUGAUUGACUCGUACAAUGCUGUACUUUCAGAAAAGUGGCGCGGUCCUGAUCACAUGGUAUGAAAACAAGGCUGAAGCUGUCUCUCACUUUCGAAAGGGAGUCCACCAGACAAAGCUCAGCCGGCAAAGGCGACGAUUUUGACAAUCCUUCGUAAUGGCAGCAAAAUCAUGGCAGAAAAGAUGAAAAGAUGAUCGUAAAUGGCUUCGGAGUGCGGCACAUCCUGAACUGGAGAAAGCACUUUUCAUUUGCUGACUGAAUGUUUUGUUUUGUCUUUUAAAAUCACAUUUUUCUUCAAACUGUAUACACGUAUUUGUAAUUGACAUGUUUAUACUGUAUGACACGUUCAUGUUUUUACAUCUAUAAAUGUUCAUACUGUAUUAAACCUUGUAGUUGGCGUUCAUUUUAUUGGAAAUGGUUACAUCGAACUACCAUUAUAACGUAGAGAUUUGUUAUGUCCCUCGAGGCGCAUUGUAAGGAGGUUCGACGAGCUUGAUACAAGGCUGAGCAUUUAUGAUAAAUUUCCCUCGCAAUUUAAAAUGAGGGAUUUUGGAAACAUGAAUAAUUUUGGAAACUGGCUGGGAAUCGGGCUCUCCUUGCCCACAUGCAAGGGCAUUUUCCUACCUCGACUCAUUCACUUGCAAGCCGGUUCCAAAGCGGUUCCCCAUAUUGCCGGCCAUUUUAGAGCAUUUAGACCCACAAAUUAUGUUCGAUGAAAAGAUAAACCCCGAAACACAUUUAACUCAUUCACUCCCAAAGACGUAUUUAGAUGUGUUUUCAGACGCCACACAUUUAAUCCCAGCUCCUCAUUUUGUAUUGACUG